AUGAUCCAAAUUACAAUGACCAUGGAGUUUAAUUGGACACUUGGUCUGAUUUCCUCAGCCGCUGCUUUCUUGCUCAUUCUCCUCCGCCGGAAAUGGGCGGCAACUGGUGAAGACCGGCAACCACCGGCUCCACCAGGAUGGCCACUAUUCGGAAACCUUUUCAAUCUUGGUGCCAUGCCGCAUAGAACCGUGGCUAGCCUAGCCACGGAAUAUGGUCCGGUUGUUCGGUUAAAGCUCGGUUCGGUGAAUACAGUGGCUAUCUUGAGUGCCAAGGCUGCCACCGAGUUGUUCAAGAACCAUGAUCUGGCGUUCUUGGAACGUACGAUCACAGAGACCAGCAGGUCUCAUGAUUAUGACAGAUCUUCCUUGGCACUAGCACCGUACGGGAUGUACUGGCGAGUGCUGAGGAAGAUCUGUACAGUCGAGAUGUUUGUGGCUAAAAGGAUCAACGAGUCGGCCGCCGUCAGGAGACGGUGUGUCGAUAACAUGUUAAGUUGGAUUGAAAAUGAAGCCAGAUUGGCUAAAAUUGGGAGCGGGGUUCAUGUCGCGAAGUUUGUGUUCCUCACGACAUUUAACCUGCUCGGAAACCUCAUGCUUUCUCGGGACUUGGCGGAUCCGGACUCGAAACUUGCAUCGAAGUUUUUUACAGCGAUGUUAGGGAUGAUGGAAUGGGGUGGUCAUCCGAAUAUAUCGGAUUUGUACCCGUGGCUAAAGCGGUUUGAUUUGCUAGGGUUGAGAGGGAAAAUGGACCGGGAUAUGGGAUAUGCUUUAGAGAUAGCGACAGGGUGGGUGCAAGAGCGGGUGGAGGAGCGGGGGAAGGAAGCGACACAUGAUGAAGAGAGGCGGAAGGACUUUUUGGACGUGUUAUUGGACUACGAACGCACCGGAAAGGAUGAACCCGAGAAGAUGUCGGAAAAGGACAUCACUAUAUUUAUUUUGGAGAUAUUUCUAGCAGGUUCGGAAACAACCAGCAGCACCAUCGAGUGGGCACUGACCGAAUUACUACGAUGCCCCGAGAAAAUGACUCGGGCUAAACAUGAGCUCGCCUCGAUCAUCGGCCCAAAUCAAAAAUUCGAAGAGAGUUCCAUCGAUAAUCUUCCUUACCUACAAGCAAUUGUAAAAGAAGCCCUACGACUACACCCUCCGAUCCCGUUCCUGGUCCCACGAAAAGCGGGUCGUGAUACCGAUUUCAUGGGAUACCAUAUACCUAAAAACACCCAAUUGUUCGUUAACGCAUGGGCCAUAGGCAGGGACCCUGAGUGUUGGGAAAACGCUAAUUUAUUCGAGCCCGAGAGGUUCUUGGGAUCAAAAGUUGACUAUAAAGGUCAACACUUCGAAUUAAUACCAUUUGGUGCAGGUCGAAGGAUGUGUGUAGGAUUACCGUUAGCCCACCGUGUGUUGCACCUUGUAUUAGGUUCGUUGCUACAUGAGUUUGAUUGGGAGCUCGAAAGUGGUAUCAUUGCCGACACAGUGGACAUGAGGGAUAAAUUGGGAAUAACAGUAAGAAAACUGGAACCGUUGAAGUCAAUACCCAAAAAAACAACACGUUAG